AUGGCGCCUUCCUCGUCUCCACCGUCUUCGACGCGCUCGUCGUCUCCCCCGGCCUCCACCUUCGGCGCCGCUCGCCUCUCGACAGACAAGCGCCGCGUGGACGCCACGCUGAUCGAGCUUCCGCCCGUCGACCCCUCAGCUGUCUCCUCGUCGCUCGUGUCUCUCUCUUCCUACCUCUCUCCGCCCCGCCUGGUGGGGCGCAGUCUCUUCCCCUCUGGAGUCUCCGCCGCCCCCCACCCCGCAGUGACGCUCUUCGACGAUGACUUCUCCGACUCUGACGAGUCUCUGGCGGUCGAUGCGUCGCCAGUGGCCAACUCGCGGCUGCGGCGCUGCCCAGGCGCCUGUUCGCCUUGCCUCGCUGGGUAUACGUACACCGCACGGACCCUCACCGAGGUGGUCCUUCCUCCAGUCACCACGUCCUCCGCCUCGGGCAGGUUCGUUCUCUGCACUUUUCUCUACUCGUUUCUCCACGGCGCGACCGACCAGUUGCUCCCAGCGGCCUACAAGGCUCUCGAGGCGCAACUGAACUUCUCGCCGACAGUCCUCGGCGGGGCCUCGUCGCUCGCACGACUCGCCCACGCCUUCUCCUGUCCCCUCUGGGGUUUGGCAGUCGACGCUCUCAGCGGGUCUCGGCGCCUUCCCGCCUCGUCCGCGGACCGGGAGAGCAGCCGCAACGGCGAGGUUCUCAUCCUCCGCGUCUCCUGCAUCGGAUGGGGUGUAUGUACUCUCCUGCUGGCGCUCCUGACCCACGAAUGGCAGCUAAUGCCGUUCAUGCUCGUCUCCGGCGUCUUGAUGGCCGUGCUCGGCCCGAUUUCACAGAAGAUUCUCGGCGAGAUGGUUGCGAGCGACAAACGUGGAACUGCGUUCGGAAACAUGAGUUUCUUCCAAAGCACUGGCCGAAUGCUCGCCUUGAUGCUCACGACCGGCCUCUCCGCUGCUGCCUUUGCAGGUGUUGCCGGCUGGCGUCUCGCCUUCGCGCUCGUCGGCUGUCUCUCGAUCGUCUUCGGCGCCGCCCUUUCCUGGAUGCUUCCUUCUUCCAACUUGUGUUCUCCAAAGGCGCUCUGCGGCGAGCGAACGGGAGACGAAAGCUGGACGGGAAAGGCGCGCAAGCACGCCGCGACUCUCCUCAGUCUCGGCUACGUUUUUCGCACCAGAAGCUUUGGAGUCAUGCUGCUCCUGGGCGUGCUGAACGGAAUGCCGCGGAGCGCCCUGAACUUCAUCGUGAUGUUUUUCCAGUACUGCGGCCUCGCCGACUGGCAGGCGUCCUUCACCGUCUCCGCUAGCUGGCUCGCCGCGAUGUUUGUCGCGCCGUUCGUUGGCCGCCUCGGCGACUCCGUGCACCGGCUCUAUCCGAAUAAAGGGCGACCGGUGCUUGCGCAGCUGGCGAUUCUUACGCGCGCGUUGCUGAUGUUUCUCGUCCUCGCCUGCGUGCCGAAACGCGGCAGCAGCUUCCCGCUUUUUCUCGCCCUGUCGACGCUCAUCGGCUUCAUGGCGGGCUGGCCUGGCGUCGGCGUAAACAGACCGAUCCUGACGGAGAUUGUGUUGCCCAGACACCGCGCUACCGUCUUCAGUCUGUUUUCGACGAUGGAAAGCGUCGGGUCAGCUCUUCUGGGGGCGCCCGUGGUCGGAAUGCUAGCGCAGCAGGCCUUUGGCUACACGAAACCCCUGACAAAGCGCGGUUCGUCUUCCUCCUCGUCCUCGGUUUCUUCGUCGUCGCCGUCUCCAUCAUCGUUUGUCUCCGAAGGCGCGGUUUCCGACAGCGGCGUGGGUGGUGAGAGUGCGUCGCGAAGCGAAGAAGAAUUGAAUGCAGAAGCACUGGGACAGGCUCUCGUGUGCACAACCGUGGGUCCAUGGCUUGCCUCGGUUGUCGUGUAUUUUCUUCUCCACUGGACGUACACCGCAGAUCGAGCGGCAGCAAGCAGACGAAGAGAAGCGGAGGAGAGAGAGGCCGAGAGAGACGCGGCGCAGCGAGAGCGUGACACCGCCGUCGAGCUCGGGUGUAUGGACACCCGAGAGAGCGACGCAGAGGACGCGGACUUCACGAAGUGGUCUGUGCAGGCAAAGAAGACCGGAAUGCUUCGCGAGGGGUACACAGUCGUGGCGACACGGGAGGAAACGGGAGAGGGAGAUGAGGGAAGAAACUGGGACGCGGACGAAGGGACGGAGGAGGAGGAAAUAGUGCGACGUGAACGGAGAGAGUAG